CGAGAAGAUCUGUCCUGACAUCCAUUGAGAUGUCAGGUCAGCCCUCGUCCUGGUGGACUCGGACAGAAACACCACAACUGUUUGCGGCUGUCACAUAUGCGAAUGAGGGAACUUAAAACUUUAAUUAUAUUAUUUGAAGGAUAAGCGGCGAAAGUAUCCCGAACGAACUUCUUUACCAUUUUGGCAGAUAUCUAUAGCAACAGUUGCAAAGCCGUGCUGACCGGGGCUAAACCAUGGAGGAUGGGAAGCCAGUGUGGGCCCCCCACCCCACAGAUGGGUUCCAGCUGGGCACCAUCGUCGACAUUGGAGCCGACACGCUCACCAUAGAACCAUUAGGCCAGAAGGGCAAGACCUUUCUUGCGCCGAUGAGCCAAGUGUUCCCAGCAGAAGACGACGUCACCAAACAUGUCGAGGAUAACUGCUCCCUUAUGUAUUUGAAUGAAGCCACUCUCCUCAAUAACGUCAAAGUGCGAUACAAUAAGGAACACAUAUAUACUUAUGUGGCCAAUAUAUUGAUAGCUGUCAAUCCUUACUACGACAUCCCCAAACUAUAUGGGCCCGAAGCCAUCAAGUCUUACCAGGGGAAAUCACUGGGGACUCUGCCCCCACACGUCUAUGCAGUAGCUGACAAGGCCUACAGGGACAUGAAGGUUCUAAAAAUGAGUCAGUCCAUCAUAGUUUCUGGUGAAUCCGGUGCUGGAAAAACUGAAAACACCAAGUUUGUUCUCAGAUAUCUGACCACAACUUACGGGAGUGGUCAGGAUAUUGAUGAGAGAAUUGUUGAAGCAAAUCCCCUUCUGGAGGCGUUCGGAAAUGCUAAGACAGUCCGGAAUAAUAACAGUAGUCGCUUUGGGAAGUUUGUGGAAAUCCACUUCAAUGAUAAGAAUGCAGUUGUGGGUGGAUUUGUCUCUCAUUAUUUGCUGGAAAAGUCGAGGAUUUGCAUGCAAAGCAACGAUGAGAGGAACUACCACAUCUUCUACAGGCUGUGUGCCGGAGCGUCUGAGGACAUCAAGAAGAAACUGCACCUUGACUCUCCUGAUAGUUUUAAAUAUUUGAAUCGAGGAUGCACCAGAUACUUUGCCAGCACAGACUCUGAUAAGCAAAUCAUGCAGAACCGCAAGAGUCCUGAGCAUAUAAAGGUGGGCGCUCUGAAGGACCCUCUUCUUGAUGACCAGGGCGACUUUAACAGGAUGUGUGUAGCCAUGAAGAGGAUUGGCCUGGAUGACACGGAGAAGCUAGACCUCUUCAGGGUCGUCGCUGGAGUUCUGCACCUGGGCAAUAUUGAUUUUGAGGAAACGGGUAGCAGCUCAGGUGGCUGCGUUCUGAAGAAUCAGUCCAGGCAAACUCUGGAAUACUGCGCGGACCUGCUGGGCCUGGAUCAGGAUGACUUGAGAAUCAGUCUCACAACGAGGGUUAUGCUUACGACAGCAGGGGGCGCCAAGGGAACGGUUAUAAAGGUGCCUUUAAAGGUGGAACAAGCUAACAAUGCCCGCGAUGCUCUUGCCAAGGCCGUUUACAGCCGCCUCUUUGAUCAUGUGGUCAAACGGGUGAACCAGUGCUUCCCUUUCAAGAGUUCCACAAGCUUCAUCGGCGUGUUGGACAUUGCUGGCUUUGAGUACUUUGAGCACAACAGCUUUGAGCAGUUCUGUAUCAAUUACUGCAACGAGAAACUGCAGCAGUUCUUCAACGAGCGCAUCCUCAAAGAGGAACAGGAGCUCUAUCAAAAGGAAGGACUGGGAGUGAACGAAGUGCAUUAUGUUGACAAUCAGGACUGUAUAGACCUUGUAGAAGCAAAGCUGGUGGGCGUCCUGGACAUUUUGGAUGAAGAGAACCGUCUUCCUCAGCCCAGCGACCAACAUUUUGCACUGGCUAUUCACAGCAAGCAUAAAGACCACUUCAGACUGACGGUUCCCAGGAAGUCCAAACUGACUAUUCAUCGGAAUCUCCGCGAUGAUGAAGGCUUUAUCAUCAGACACUUUGCCGGAGCAGUGUGCUAUGAAACGACUCGAUUUGUGGAGAAGAACAAUGACGCCCUCCACAUGUCCUUGGAGAGCUUAGUGUGCGAAUCCAAAGACAACUUUGUACGAGAGCUGUUUGAGAACUCUACAAGCAACAAGGACUCCAAACAGAAGGCGGGAAAACUCAGCUUCAUCAGUGUUGGAAACAAAUUCAAGACGCAGCUCAACCUGCUGCUGGAGAAGCUCCGCAGUACUGGCUCAAGUUUUAUCCGCUGUGUCAAACCCAACCUCAAAAUGGUUAGCCACCAGUUUGAAGGUGCUCUCAUUCUCUCACAGCUGCAGUGCUCAGGAAUGGUGUCAGUGCUGGAUCUGAUGCAGGGUGGGUUCCCCUCCAGAGCUCCCUUCCAUGAGCUUUACAACAUGUAUAAACAGUACAUGCCUGAUAAGCUCACACGCCUGAACCCGCGACUGUUCUGCAAGGCUUUGUUCAAAGCACUGGGACUAAAUGACAAUGACUUCAAAUUUGGAUUGACUAGAGUGUUCUUCCGCCCCGGAAAGUUUGCUGAGUUUGAUCAGAUCAUGAGGUCGGAUCCCGACCACCUGGCAGAACUGUUGAAGAAAGUUAACAAGUGGCUGGUGUGCAGCCGCUGGAAGAAGGUCCAGUGGUGUAGCCUGUCUGUGAUCAAAUUGAGGAACAAGAUGAGCUACAGGGCUUUGGCGUGCAUUAAGAUUCAGAAGACUGUGCGCAUGUGGUUAUGUAAGAAGAAGCACAAGCCGCGCAUUGACGGUAUGGUGAAGGUGAAAAACCUGAAGAAACACAUUGAGCGCUUCAACGAAGUGGUCAACGGGCUGAAGGAGGGCAAACAGGAGAUGGCCAAGCAGGUCCAAGAGCUGGCAGCAAGCAUAGACUCCUUGUUAGCUAAGAUAAAGGGCUCAGCAAUGACCUGGAAGAACAUUGACAGUGAGUACCAAGUGUUGGUGAAGCGCUCGGAGCAACUGCUGUCCUCCAUGCAGAAGAAGAAACAGCAAGAGGAAGAAACUGAGAGGCUGAAGCACAUCGAGGAGGAGAUGGAGAAAGAGAGGAAGACGAGGGCAAAGGACGAGCAACGACGCAGACAAGAGGAGGAAGACCGAAGACUGAAAACAGAGAUGGAGACGAAACGGAAGCAGGAAGAGGAGGAUAGAAAAAAGAGAGAGGAAGAAGAGAAGGUUUUGCAGGCGGAGUUGGAAAUCCAGUUGGCUCUGGAGCGUGAGGAACAGGUCCAACGGGCAGCCAUUGUAGAGCAAGAGAGACGAGACAGGGAGCUGGCCAUGAGGAUCGCUCAGAGUGAAGCUGAGCUGAUCACUGAAGAUGGUCAGGUGGAUGCCAGUCUACGCAGUGAUGAGGCUUUUUCGGAUCUUCCUAUCUCAGCAUCCUCAGCCAGAGCCAUGGGCCCUCAGGUGCAGGCAACCAAAGCUGCUGCUGGCGUGAAAAAGUAUGACCUCAGCAAGUGGAAGUAUGCUGAGCUGCGGGAUGUCAUCAACACUUCCUGUGACAUAGAGCUGCUGGCGGCCUGCAGAGAGGAGUUCCACCGCCGUCUGAAGGUCUAUCACGCAUGGAAGUCCAAGAACAAGAAACGCAAUGACGACGGAAGCGAUCAGAGGGCUCCAAAGUCUGUCACUGACUACGCUCAGCAGAACCCCGCCCCGGCCAUGAUUGCCCAGCAUCAGGAAGUAGCCAUGAACCGGCAGCAGCGUUACUUUCGCAUCCCUUUCAUCCGCCCAGCUGACCAAUACAAGGACCCCCAGAAUAAGAAGAAAGGCUGGUGGUACGCACAUUUUGAUGGGCCCUGGAUUGCCCGACAGAUGGAGCUCCACCCGGACAAACGGCCCAUUGUGCUGGUGGCAGGCAAAGACGAUAUGGAAAUGUGUGAGCUGAGUCUAGAAGAGACUGGUCUGACUCGGAAGAGGGGUGCAGAGAUCCUUCCCAGGCAGUUUGAAGAAAUCUGGGAGCGCUGUGACGGGAUCCAGUACCUGAAGAAAGCCAUCGAGAACAAGCAGGCCCGGCCUACGUACGCCACCGCCAUGCUUCAGAAUCUCCUGAAGUGACCCUCAGAUGGCAGUGAGGUCCUUAUGCAAAAUAGCUUAUGCAAUUAGCUGUAUGCCCACUUUGCUGUGUUGUUUGUUGACGUUGUGUUGAGGCCUUAAAUUCUAAACACACGUGCACCUCUCAAGCCCAACCUGAGACCUUAAAAGUGUGUACGAGUCUUAUGUUGUUUCUUGAAACUUCAUUUCAUUUUGAUAAAUGCACAUUUGUGGUGGCUUUGUGUGCAUUUGAUAAGAUACGGUCGCAUUCGUUUCAUGUUUCUCACACCUCAUUUUUUUCACUCGCUUUGUGUUCUGUUUGUAUUUGCGCUGCAGCGCUGUAGAGAAUAAAAUACAAAGCCGCCUCUUAAGUCGUCAUUGUUUCAUUUUUUUUCCUGUAGUCCCUGAGAUCAUUAAAGUCAAAGU